CUAACACACAACUCCUAUAUUCGGACUCCCAUAACAAGUGUAGUGAUAUGUUAAAUUGCAUUGCAACAUGUUGUAUGUGUUUUAGUCAGAAUAAUUUCGUGGACCGUGGUGUUUUAUUUUGCUGAAGGAUUCGCGCCGGAAGUGCUAUUGUUGCUGCCGUUGGGUCGGAGCACAACUGAACACAAGUUUCACGCCAUUUUGAGAUAACGGCCAGCAAUCGAGCAGCUAGCUAGCUUAGUUGCUUGAGGGCAAUGUGAUCGACACUUCGAAGCUAUGCCGAUUAUUUAGUCGUUUUUAAGGCUGCCAUCACGUUAUUAUUUCAGCGUUAUCCCAACUGGUGUAACAUUUCUAACCUAGAUUACUCUUCCAGCCAUGGCCACCGAGGGAGCAGCCGAACAGGCAGCGGCAGAGUAUAUUCCAGAGAAGGUGAAGAAGGCAGAGAAGAAGUUGGAAGAAAACCCAUAUGACCUUGACGCAUGGAGCAUUCUGAUUCGAGAAGCACAGAACCAACCCAUAGAUAAAGCAAGGAAGACAUAUGAACGACUUGUCACGCAGUUCCCAAGUUCUGGCAGAUUCUGGAAACUAUUCAUUGAAGCCGAGAUCAAGGCUAAAAACUAUGACAAGGUAGAAAAGUUGUUUCAGAGAUGCCUAAUGAAAGUCUUGCACAUCGACCUGUGGAAAUGUUACCUCUCAUAUGUUCGAGAGACCAAAGGGAAGCUGCCCAGCUACAAAGAGAAGAUGGCCCAGGCAUAUGACUUUGCUCUGGAUAAAAUUGGCAUGGAAAUUAUGAGCUAUCAGAUUUGGGUGGACUACAUCAACUUCCUCAAAGGAGUUGAGGCUGUGGGCUCAUACGCAGAGAACCAACGAAUCACUGCAGUACGGAGGGUGUACCAGAGAGGCUGCGUAAAUCCCAUGAUCAACAUUGAGCAGCUCUGGAGAGAUUAUAGUAAAUAUGAGGAGGGAAUCAAUGUGCACUUGGCCAAAAAGAUGAUUGAGGAUCGAAGUAGGGACUACAUGAAUGCCAGGAGAGUGGCAAAGGAGUACGAGACUGUGAUGAAGGGGUUGGACAGGAAUGCACCCUCAGUACCGCCCCAGAACUCCCCCCAGGAAGCCCAGCAAGUGGACAUGUGGAAGAAGUACAUCCAGUGGGAGAAAAGCAACCCACUGCGCACAGAAGACCAGACCCUCAUCACAAAGAGAGUGAUGUUUGCCUAUGAGCAGUGCCUGCUGGUGCUGGGCCACCAUCCUGACGUCUGGUACGAGGCAGCACAGUACCUGGAGCAGUCCAGCAAACUGCUGGCAGAGAAAGGGGAUAUGAAUAAUUCUAAGCUGUUUAGUGACGAGGCAGCGAACAUCUAUGAACGUGCCAUUGGGACUCUUCUUAAGAAGAACAUGCUGCUGUACUUUUCAUUCGCAGACUAUGAAGAAAGUCGCAUGAAGUACGAGAAGGUCCACAGCAUCUAUAAUAAACUGCUUACCAUUGAGGACAUCGACCCCACACUGGUCUACAUUCAGUACAUGAAGUUUGCCAGGAGGGCAGAAGGCAUCAAGUCGGGUCGUACCAUCUUCAAAAAGGCCCGAGAGGAUCUACGCACGCGUCACCAUGUGUAUGUGACAGCAGCACUGAUGGAGUACUACUGCAGCAAGGAUAAAUCGGUGGCCUUUAAGAUUUUUGAGCUUGGUUUGAAAAAAUACGGCGAUAUUCCAGAGUACAUACUGGCAUACAUUGAUUACCUCUCCCACCUUAAUGAGGAUAACAACACCAGGGUUCUGUUUGAACGUGUCCUCACCUCAGGAAGCUUGUCACCAGAAAAGUCAGGCGAGAUCUGGGCUCGAUUCCUGGCUUUUGAGAGCAACAUAGGAGACCUGGCCAGUAUCCUGAAAGUGGAGCGCAGGCGAUUCACUGCCUUCAAGGACGAGUAUGAGGGCAAGGAAACAGCCUUGCUUGUAGAUCGAUAUAAGUUCAUGGACCUGUAUCCCUGCUCUUCUAGUGAACUCAAGGCCCUUGGAUACAAGGAUGUGUCUCGGUCCAAAAUGGCAACACUGCUCCCAGAGACUGUGGUGACGCCCUCCACGCCUACACUAAAGGAUGAAGCUGACCGUAAACCCGAGUACCCCAAACCCGACACUAAUCAGAUGAUCCCCUUCCAACCACGUCACCUUGCCCCUCCAGGUUUACACCCUGUCCCUGGUGGAGUUUUCCCAGUCCCCCCAGCUGCUGUUGUCCUAAUGAAGCUGCUCCCUCCGCCUACGUGCUUCACUGGACCCUUUGUUCAAGUGGAUGAGCUCAUGGAAACAUUCAGGAGAUGCACACUUCCUGAGACUGUUGAUGCUGCUGUCGAGCUGAUCACUGGCAGACAGCCCGAUACCGGAGGGGAAGGCAAUGGAUCCAUGGAGAACCACGCGAUCGCCAAGUCACUCAAGAGGCCUAACGCAGAUUCCGACGAGGAGGACGACAAAGGAGCUGUGGCUCCGCCCAUACAUGACAUCUACCGUGCACGCCAACAGAAAAGGAUCCGAUAAACCAACCAAAACACACGCUUAACCCUACGAGAAUGUAAUCUUAACAGGUGGUCAUAUGAGGUAAAUGUACAUGUCAGUGCGUCUGACAGGUUAUACAUCCAAUUAUCUCUGUACAGAAGACAAGCGUACAUGCACACACUCACUGAGACAUACAUACAGUAUGUACACCUGAGUGUUCUCGUGGCUUUUUUUGUUCAACAGUUUUUAUUUUUAAAGACUGACCAUUAUAUUGUACAAAAUUUUUAAUUCAACCAUUGACUUUGGCACACAGCUUGUUUUUGGCCUUGUGACGUUCCAGUGAUGGCAAAGUGGAAUCAAGCUUCUUUUCUUUUUUUUAGAUAACUGGAGUAAACAAUUCCUUUCAAUAAAAAUGGAAAAGAAUUCA